AAUUUUAAAAUUAGGCGAUUUUAAAAUCAACAAAUAAAAAUUUUGUAAUUGAAAAAGAUCACCUGUACCGAGAAGUAAAAUGGCGGAGUAUCUUGCUUCAAUAUUUGGUACUGAGAAAGACAAAGUAAACUGCUCAUUUUAUUUUAAAAUUGGAGCAUGCCGACAUGGUGACAAAUGUUCUAGACUUCACAACAAGCCCACUUAUAGUCAGACCAUCUUACUUCAAAAUAUGUUUCAAAAUCCUCAAAAUCUUGCAGUGACUAAUGAGUUUGGUCAAAGCAACGCAGCUUCAAUAAUGAAUGAUGUGGAAGCCCAAGAACAUUAUGAUAAUUUUUUUGAAGACGUAUUUCUUGAACUUGAAGCAAAGUACGGUGAAAUUGAAGAAAUGAAUGUCUGUGAUAACCUUGGUGAUCAUUUAGUUGGUAAUGUCUACGUUAAAUUUCGUUUUGAAGAAGAUGCAGAAAAAGCUGUAGACAACGUCAACAAUAGAUGGUACAAUGGUCAACCAAUUUAUGCAGAGCUUUCACCUGUUACAGAUUUUAGGGAAUCUUGCUGUCGCCAAUAUGAAAUGGGGGAAUGCACACGGGGUGGAUUUUGUAAUUUUAUGCAUCUUAAACCUAUAUCUAGAGAAUUGAGGCGAAGACUUUAUGGUAGAAGACGUGGUGGUGCUGGAGUUGGUGGUGGUGCUGCAAGCGGGCCAAUGGUAAAACGUGGAAGAUCACGUUCCAUCUCACCUUCACCGCCAAUAAAACGAUCUCGUUCACGCUCUCCUCGUCGACGACGAAGAUCUAGAAGCCGUUAAAUGUUCAAAAAGAAGAUAAAAAUCAAAAAGUUUUCGAUUGAAUCUUAGUCUAACAUUCCGUCAACUCUUAGCGUGUAUUUUUCUGAUGGUUAAGAAAACGUUCUCUACUCUUUUAGUAA